GUUUAGUGAAAUUAAAAUGGACAAGUCACUUCAUAAAACACCAGCAAAUAAUUACUUCUAACUGACACUUCACCUCUUAUAUUUAGCGAAAAAUGCACCUCAGGACUCUAAAAUAACAACUCCAACCCCACUAACCCGGUUGAUUAAACCUCUCAACUAUGGAGAGUUUUUCCACCAUUACUCAAAAUCUUGGGUUUUCUAGGACAAGUUCAAUUGCAAAUGGGGAACUUUUUUAUGUUUCCAAGUUCAAGAAUUUCAGUAGUUCGUUCAAGUGUCAAAAAUCAAGAAAUGCAUUAUGUGUAGUGAAAGCAGCAGAUUCAUCUGUCGAAAACACAAAUAAGGAGGGUAUUAAACCAGUUUACUCUUCCACCCCUUCUAAUCGUCCUCUUAGAACUCCUCAUAGCGGGUACCAUUUUGAUGGAAGUGCCCGAAAAUUCUUUGAAGGUUGGUUCUUUAAGGUAUCAAUUCCAGAAUGCAGACAGAGUUUCUGCUUUAUGUAUUCUGUAGAGAGUCCUUCAUUUACCAAGAAAUUGAGCAGUUUUGAGGAGCUGCAAUAUGGACCUCGGUUUACGGGUGUGGGAGCUCAAAUUCUUGGUGCAGAUGACAAGUAUAUUUGUCAAUAUAGUGAAGAGUCUUCAAAUUUUUGGGGAAGUAGGCAUGAACUGAUGCUUGGAAACACCUUCAUUGCCCAAAAUAGUGCUAAGCCUCCAAAUAAGGAAGUUCCUCCUCAGGAGUUUAAUCGCCGCGUCUCCGAGGGCUUUCAAGUUACCCCAGUUUGGCAUCAAGGAUCUAUUCGCGAUGACGGGAGGACAGAUUAUACUGGAAUUGUGAAAACUGCUAGCUGGGAGUAUAGCACACGGCCCAUUUAUGGAUGGGGUGAUGUUAACUCAAAGCAGAAGUCCACAGCAGGAUGGCCUGCUGCUUUUCCUGUAUUUGAGCCACAUUGGCAAGUAUGCAUGGCAGCUGGACUUUCAACAGGCUGGAUAGAGUGGGAUGGUCAGCGGUUUGAGUUUCAAAAUGCCCCUUCUUACUCCGAAAAGAACUGGGGUGGUGCCUUCCCAAGAAAAUGGUUUUGGGUCCAGUGCAGUGUCUUUGAAGGUGCAAUUGGAGAUGUUGCUUUGACUACUGCUGGUGGAUUAAGGCGACUUCCAGGAUUGAGUGAGACUUUUGAAAGUGCUGCCUUGAUAGGAAUUCACUAUGGUGGUAUUUUCUAUGAAUUUGUUCCAUGGAAUGCUAGAGUGAGUUGGGAAAUUACUCCCUGGGGUAAAUGGCAUAUAUUUGCUGAGAGUGAGACACAUAUGGUAGAACUGGAAGCAACAACCGAAGAUCCUGGUACCACAUUGCGGGCUCCUACAGAAGAGCUGGGUCUCGCUCCUGCAUGUAGAGACACUUGUUACGGUGACCUAAGACUGCAGUUGUGGGAACGGAAGAGUAACGGGAGUAAAGGAAAGGUUAUUUUGGAUGUUACAAGCAAUAUGGCAGGUCUAGAAGUUGGGGGAGGGCCAUGGUUCAACACAUGGAAGGCAAAAGCGCAGAUGCCAGAAAUUGUUACUCGAGCUAUCAACGUUCCUGUGGAUUUGGAUAGCAUAUUCAGCUUGACUCCAUUUCUCAAACCUCCUGGUCUGUGAGCAAGGCAAAGGGAGGAAUUUCUUUUGGGCAAAAUCUGCUGUAGAAUCAAAAUCAUUAUUCUUGAUUACAUUUUGUAAAUAGCAUCAUUUUGCCUUUUGAGUUUUGACUUCUCCAAGUUGCACCUAACGCUAUUUUGUGUAAUGUUAUUGUCAGUAGCAGAAUAAAGCAUGUUCUUUUCUUUC